GCCAGGGCAUCCUUUCACGUUUUGAAAUAUGUGGCUAGAGGAAAACGUGGCAGAAUAAGCAGCUGAUAUUUCUUGAAAGUUGAAGAAUCAGAAGACGAAACCCCAACCAUCCAGUUUACCUUGGAAAAGCAGAAGAUAAACAUAGACAUGAAAGACGCAUUACAGAUUGGUGCACUUUUCAUGGGAUUUUUAGGAUGCGUGUCUGUUGUGGUAUCAUUGUACAAUAAUUACUGGAGGGUGUCCUCAACAGAAGGUAGUGUCAUCACCACUUCUACCAUCUUUGAGAACCUCUGGAUGUCCUGUGCAGAUGACUCCUCUGGUGUUUACAACUGUUGGAAUUUUCAGUCCUUGCUCGCUUUACCAGGUUACAUUCAGGUAUGCCGUGCAUUAAUGAUCACAUCUAUUGUUAUGGGCGUUUUUGGGCUGGUGGCAACUCUAGUAGGUAUGCAGUGUUCUAAGGUUGGAGGAGAGAAUUAUGUCAUGAAGGGUCGGGUCGCUGGGGUUGGAGGCAUCUUUUUUAUACUGCAAGGUCUCUGCACUAUGACUGCAGUGUCUUGGUAUGCUUAUAAUAUCACUCAGCAAUUUUUUGACCCACUGUAUGCUGGAAUAAAAUAUGAAAUCGGAGAAGGGCUUUACAUUGGUUGGAGUUCAGCUACACUGGCUUUAUGUGGUGGCAGCUGCUUGCUGUGUUCUUGUAGAGUCAAAAGCUCAGACAUAAAAAAAUCAGAUCUUCAAGACGACAGAACUUCUGAUCAUAGCAGACAUAUGCAGAUUGUUCAAACUGCCUCUACAAUAUCAUGUACCAGUCAGUAUGGAAACAAUGCUUAUGUGUAAGAAACAGACUUCAUACAUGGGAUAAACAUACAAGUUAAAAUGGUCAAAACAGGAUGCUCUAUCAAACAAAAACUCAAAAUUCUAUUGUAAAUAGUGUUUUCAUCUAAAUAAAGUCAUGUAAAUACAGGGCGUAUUGUUGGGAUUUUCCAUCAUGCUUCUCUUUUUUAAUUAUCACAUUUCCAGUAAAUACAUAUUGUGUGAAAGAAUUUGCAAAAAAGUGUAAUACAAAUAUAAUUGAUAUGUUUUAAAAUGUUGAAUAUAUAUUUACAUCAAGCUGGCCAUUAUUUUGGACCAGGAUGAUAUCUACAUAAUGGAACAAACAUUAUUUUAUAUUUAGAGAUAGUCGCAGCAUGCUGGGAUGCAUUAAAUAAAAAAAUUCAUGAAUCUAUGCAAUUGCUCAACAUUCCCUUUGAAAUAAUAUUUUUUUUAAUAUAAAUUAUUCAUAUUUCAUUUUAUUAUUUUUCAAUUUUCCUAAGGCAUAAUAGUGUAUUAGCAUCUUAUUUUUUUUAAUAAUUUGAACAUUUCUGUAAACACUCGGUCAUAGCAUACAUUUCCCAUACAAUUAUAUUUAUAUUCCUACUUUUCCACGAUUUUCUAUUUGUUUCUGGUUGGAUGUUUCUUUGCAUAUUAUGUAAAUUGUUGGCUACCUUGUUAUGCCCUUAUAUGUUUUCAUUAUUUAUAAAUAAAAAUAUACUUUAGAAUGUAGAAACAGUGUUACAUAUGGACAUCACAUACUGAUGGUGACAUCAUUAGCUAAAUAAAUCUGAGCAUAUUUAA